GCUGCCGCCCGGGGUCUCGCCGUCCGGCCGGCGAUGGGGGAGGCCGGGCCGGGGCCCGCGCCGGGGCCCAGGGAGACGCGGGAGGCCGAGGAGGACGAGGCGGCGGCGCCGAGCGGCGGCCGGGGGGGGCGAGCCGGGCCCCGCGGCGGCAUCCGGGUGCUGAAGAGAAACGUGAAGCGCAACGGGAGCAAGAGCUGCUUGAACAGGAGUCGGUUUGGUUCCCGUGAGAGGAACUGGCUGAAAGAGGACGUCGGACGAGGCUGUGUGUAUGUUUAUGGAAGAGAUCCUGCAGCUGCUGCUUCUUCAGACUUGCGCUUGGUUCUCUGUACAGUGGACACCCCAGCGUCUGAGAUAUGUGAUGGAGAGGAGAGGAAAAACCUCUUUUUGCAACUUCACGGAGACCUGGUCAGGAGGCUGGAGCCCACAGAAAAACCCCUUCAGAUUGUGUAUGACUACUUGACUGGGUUGGGUUUUGAUGAUCCUGUCAGAAUGCAGGAAGAGGCAGCAAACUCUGACCUCAGCUGUAUGAUUCGCUUUUACAGUGAAAAGCCGUGUCAAGUGGAGCAGUUGGAUCGCAUCCUGCUCUCGGGAGUCUACAGCGUACGCAAAGGAAAGACCCAGUUGCACAAGUGGGCAGAGCGCUUGGUGAUUCUCUGUGGUACAUGUCUCAUUGUGUCUUCUGUGAAAGACAGCCAGACAGGGAAGAUGCACAUCUUGCCUCUUGUUGGAGGGAAGGUGGAAGAGAUGAAACGUCGUCAGUACACGCUGGCUUUCACGUCUGCCGGAGCACAAGCUCAGACGUACCAUGUGUCCUUUGAAACGCUGGCGGAAUGCCAGCGGUGGCACCGACAGGCGUCCACGGUGGUGUCUAUGCGACUUAGCAUGGUUGAUCUUUCAUGCUACAGCCUUGAGGAAGUACCCGAGCACCUUUUCUACAGUCAAGACGUCACCUACCUCAACCUACGACACAAUUUUAUGAGAACAAGUGGAGCAGGGAGUCUUGACUCUCUUUGCAGGUUUUCUCAGUUGAAGAGCCUGAACCUGUCUCAUAAUAGACUCGGAGAGUUUCCUGUAUCGCUGUGUGAGAUCUCUACUCUGACAGAGCUUAAUAUUUCCUGUAAUGGGCUUCACAACUUGCCAAGCCAGAUUGGAAAACUGUUGAAUCUCCAGACCUUCUGGAUUGAUGGGAAUUUCCUCACAUCCUUACCAGAAGAAUUGGGAAGUCUGCAACAGCUCAGCUGUCUUGGGCUUUCCUUCAAUAACUUCUGUGAACUGCCAGCAAUUUGUGAGAAACUCGUUUUCUUAGAUAAACUAGCCCUGGCAGGGAACUUGGUAGAGACCCUGGACCUUGCAGUGCUGAACCGUAUGAGUCACAUCAAAAGUGUGGACCUGCGGCUGAACAACCUGAAGAGAGCAGCAGCUGACACUCUGGAGGGGAACAAAUCUGUGACUUACAUGGAUUUACGAGACAAUCAGAUGACAGAUCUGGAUCUGAGCUCCUUGGGCAGCCUGGAGCAGCUGCACUGUGAGCGGAAUAAGCUGAAAGAGUUGACGCUGAGUGGCUUCUCCCUUCGGGCUCUCUAUGCCAACAGCAACUGUCUGACAGCUGUCAACAUUUAUCCAGUUCCUGGUCAACUGACAUAUCUAGAACUCUCUCACAACCAACUGCAGUGUGUUCCAGACUGGGCCUGUGAAGCAAAGAAACUGGAAGUUUUGGAUGUGAGCUACAACCUCCUCGUGGAGCUUCCGUCAAGGAUCCUCAGCAGCUUGAGUCUUCAGAAGUUGAUGGUGGGACACAAUCGUCUGCAGAGCCUUCCACCUCUUCUAGAACACAUUCCACUGGAGGUGCUGGACCUUCAGCACAACCUGUUGACGAAACUCCCAGAGAUGCUCUUUGUCAAGGCUCUGAACCUCAGGUACCUGAAUGCAUCUGCAAACAGCCUGGAGUCCUUGCCCUCUGCAUGCACAGGGGAGGAGAGUCUGAGCAUGCUGCAGCUGCUUUACUUGACCAAUAAUAACCUCACAGAUCAAUGCAUUCCUGUCUUGGUGGGACACCCAAACCUACGGAUCCUGCAUCUGGCAAACAAUAACCUACAGGCUUUCCCUGCAAGCAAGCUUAGCAAGCUGGAGCACUUGGAAGAGCUGAAUCUGAGUGGCAACAAACUGAAAACAAUUCCCACAACAGUGGCAAAUUGCAAGCUGCUUCAUACACUCAUUGCACACUCUAAUGAAAUCAGCAUCUUUCCAGAGAUUCUGCAUUUGCCCCGUAUUCAGUUUGUGGACUUGAGCUGCAAUGAGUUAACUGAAAUCCUAAUCCCUGAGGCACUGCCAGCUGCCUUGCAAGAGCUGGACCUCAGUGGAAACACAAACCUGGUGCUCGAACACAAGACACUGGACAUCUUCAGUCACAUUGCCACGCUGAAGAUUGAUGCCAAGCCCUCCAUCACGGCAGACUCAGCAGUUGCUUCUACCUUCUGGAGUCAUGGAGUAGCUGAGAUGGCAGGCCAGAGAAAUAAGCUGUGUGUGUCAUCCCUGGCACUGGGGAGCUUUGCAGAGGGGGUAGAGGCUGUGUAUGGCAUGUUUGAUGGUGACAAGAACGAGGAGCUGCCACGCUUGCUGCAGUGCACCAUGGCCGAUGUGCUCCUGGAGGAGGUACAGCAGUCAGACACCAUGUUCAUGUCCAACACCUUCUUGGUCUCCCACAGGAAGCUGGGCAUGGCUGGACAGAAGCUGGGUUCCUCUGCUGUCCUUUGCUACAUUCGUCACGAUGUGGCUGAUCCAGCCAGCAGCUUCUUUCUGACAGUGGCCAAUGUGGGGACGUGCCAAGCCGUUCUGUGCCGAAGUGGGAAACCACUGCCUCUCUCCAAAGUCUUCAGCCUUGAACAAUGUUCAGAAGAAGCCAAGAGAGUCAAGGAGCAAAAAGCCAUUAUAACAGAGGACAAUAAGGUCAAUGGUGUGACUUGCUGUACUCGGAUGCUGGGUUGCACGUACUUGCAUCCUUGGAUCCUGCCCAAACCACAUGUCAGUUCCAUUCCACUCACUGUACAAGAUGAGCUGCUGCUUUUAGGGAACAAAGCUCUCUGGGAACACCUUUCUUACACAGAAGCUGUCUCAGCCGUGCGUCACCUGCAUGACCCACUAGCUGCUGCGAAGAAACUCUGCACUUUAGCCCAAAGCUACGGCUGCCAAGACAAUGUAGGUGCAAUGGUGGUGUGUCUGAACAUCAGUGAGGACGGCUGCACGUGUGAGAUGCAUGGCCUUACUCUGCCAGGUACUGGGGGAUUUAGUUCCACCACCACCAAGCCAGCAACACCUUCAUCUAGCAGUGGAAUUGCCUCAGAGUUUAGCAGUGAACUGUCUGCUUCUGAGGUUAGCAGUGAGGUGGGCUCUACCGCUUCAGAUGAACACAAUGCUGUUGGUCUUGAUGGCACUUUGCUACCACGACAGGAGCGACGUUGCAGCCUGCAUCCUGUGCCCCCCUUAAGCAUUUUUCAGCGUCAACCUUCUAGUGCCACCUUCUCCAGCAACCAGUCUGACAAUGGUCUGGAUAGCGAUGAUGAGCAGCCUGUGGAUGGCGUGAUGACAAAUGGCAGUAAGGUGGAGGUAGAAGUGGACAUCCACUGCUGUAAAGGAAUGGGCCUGGAGUCUGAGCCUCCUGCUGCAGACUACAGCUCCUCUGCUCCAGGGCUGGAGGAUGACUCCAGGCUUGUCCGCAUCAUUCAGAGACAGAACAGUGUAAACAGCAACAGUGAGCAGAGAGGGGUCAAAGAAAAGUGUGAACUGCAAAAAUCUCUUUCUACAUGUUGUCUCUAUGGAAAGAAGCUUUCCAAUGGCUCCAUAGUGCCCUUGGAGGAGAGCCUCAACCUCAUUGAAGUAGCCACAGAGGCACCCAAGAAGAAGACAGGCUAUUUUGCUGCUCCAUCUCAGAUGGAGCCAGAAGAUCAAUUGGUGGUGCCGCCUGAUCUGGAGGAGGAAGUGAAGGAACAAAUGAAGCAGUGCCAUGAGAAUGGAGAAGAUCAAGAGCAGAAAGAAGAACAUGAAGCAACUCUGCAAGAGGAGUUUGACACAGCUUUGUAACCUGCAAGUACUGCUCCCACAUAGUGUGUCCCAUUAAGGGCUGUCUUGCUCUAUAAGGGGAGCUGGGAUCUGCAAGGAGUACGGGCAUCUGCUGCUUCUUUAGUGGAGUUGAGGAAGAAUUUGGGAGUACUGAGGUCUUGGCUGUCCACUUUUCACUGUAGAGUCUCAGUUGUUCUGUGAGCACUCAGACCAGCAGCUGAGCUCUGUGUUAGGGACUGUCUAGAAAUUAUGCAAGUACUAGGAAGAAGACAGGUUUUCCAUUACCUGUCUGUAACUCCUGGAGCCCCGAGGUCCUGCCAGCUCUGCAGGAGAGGGGCUGGUAUAUGUGUGUUUGGGGUGAGGAGGCUGCUGAGGGGGCAAUGUUCAGUGUUUGCAGUCCUGGGAAUAUUUCUGAUGCAGCCCUCCCCACCCCCCACCCGACUUUGUUAUUCCUUGAAAGAAUAUAGCCAGUUGCAAUGAAGCUGACCCAAGAAUGGUUUCUACAUUAAUUGCAAGCACUUUUAUUGAUUGCACUUAAGCUGUUUUGCUCCCCUUCAGCCCAGCACUUUAUUAUUUAGGGUUAGGGGAGAGAGCACUCCACAACAGGUGUGGUAGAGGUUUUUGUCAAUAGGUACUGUUAGGGCAGUGGAGGACUCGGGAUAGCACUGUUCUGAUGAGCGUUGGUGCAGGGCAGAGUGAGGGUUAUGAUGGGAUCAGCCUAUGCAGGAUGAGAAAAUACACAGCUGAGUGACAAGCUGGUGCCUACUGAUGCAUUUUGCAUGGAGUGUAAGAAUGAUCAGCUCUGAACAGGGCGAUUUAAGUGCUUCUAGCUGUAGAGCACAGACCCAACUCAGCAGCAGUUUGGCCACCUCCAUCAUGGAUGCUUCACAGUAGAGAUUUCCUAUAUCCAGAAGGCAUGGGAUGAAACCAGGAGCUCCUGCUCAUUUCAGUGAGGUGCUCGGUGUAAGAGGAAACCACAUAGUCAGCAGUGCUAUGCUGCUCUACAGCUGGUGAGCAGUGAGGCUGCCCUUCAUAGGCCAGGGAAGCGUUCAGUGUCCCGUUCCACCAACAUAAACCUCUGCACUGUCAGCUACGGCAUCUCUGCCUGCCUCUGAAAACGAGCCAUAUUCCAAAUCCACAGCAACCUGCAUUUCAUGGUAUGUGCCCAGUUUGGCCACAAACAGAGUGAAAGCUUAACUUGUUCUCUGCUUAAUUUUCAAUGCAAAAGGAAAAACUGAACUUAUCACUGUAAUAACAUCUUCUUAAGCACUGGAAAAGAUGUUUAAAAUAGUCCCACUAAUGGUGAACUAGCCAGUCUGCACUGGGCAGACACAUAGUGUUUCCGAUGCAGGAUGUAAGUUGAUUGCCCGUGUUGUCAGCUUGCCUGAGGGAUGUGGAAAGACCACUGCCCCUCUGCGUGUGCAGCUCUGUCUUCCUUAGCUGGCAGAGAGCUGGACAGCAGCUGCCCUGGUCAUGUCAGUGGUGCAAUAAUGCUGACUGUAAUGUGGGCUAGUGCCUUUUCUUCUUUGUUAAUUAUAUUUAUGAAGAAAACUUGAAAGUUUCUUCUCAACAGCUCUGAGGGGCUUGAGCUGUACAUUUGUUGAUCAAAUUCAGGCCUUGCUCAGAAAGAAAUACUGUGACGACUACUUGUGGAAUUCUGUCUGUAGAUGUUUUGACAAAAUCUAACAGUUUUACUAAGAUUUCAAAGCACCUUGAAUUUCUUCUCAGUAGGAAAAAAAGCAUUUUUUACUGUGCACGAAAGAGCAACAUUUUAGAAUAUAUUGUGUGUUGGUCACUGUAAUCAUGAAACAGCCCAGCUUUUCCAAAACUCUCACAAAUGUUGGCUGUUUAAAUGCCUGUUUUAUUUGGAAGUGGAGAGAAAACCUAAUUCCUAGAAUCACAGAAACAGUAGCACCUGAAUCCCUUAGGCAGAGAAGUAACAGCAGAAAACAUUAAAGAACUGAACCCCAGACCUCUUUCUUGUUCUCUUCAUCCAAGUAUGCGGAAAAGGCUCACCCCAGUGUAUUUGACUGUAACUUUUAGUUCUGUCACUGGUGAUAAUUUUAUCAAAUAUCUGUGCCCAGCCCAACACUUUCUGAUACCUGAAAGGGCUGCAAGCAGCCUCUGUUCAGUAUGGGACUGAUGUAGAAAUACACUUUUCUUUCUGAGUCACACUGUGACAAGCCUUGCACUAGGAAAGUGAUAGAUGUGAAUGCAAAUCAGGUCUUUAUUUCUUGCACUGAUGUCGAAGGUCCAGUGUGUCCUUGCCAGGCUGAACCAGCAGCAGUAUUACAUGCAGAGUUGGCACUGCCACAGGGGUUUUGUCGCGAAUAGCUCUACCUAGCUCAGUGGGGAAGGACUAAGUGAAAUCAAGCUCUGCAAUGGAGCGUGCAGAUUUCUGAGCCGCAGCUCUUCCUUACGGUGGCAGAAUGGAAUGCAAGGAAUUCCUACUUAGUGUUUUUCUCCAGCGCUGUUUCUGGCUUUGAAGCAAAAAGGGAGUUUAACACAGACAACUGCUUUUUUCUAUGGCUGUGAACUGUCAUAGCAGAACAUGACUUGUUCUCUUACACUAAGUAGAGUCCACAUCUUUCUCUGCUUAUCAACUAUUUGUCUUGCUCUGGGCAGCACAAACAUGAGUGCUUCCCUCCACCACCACCACCUUUUGUUUUCCUGCCUCCCUAGAGGCAGCAAGCUUCUGCUUUUUCUUCUCACCUUAACUUAUUAACACAACCUUACAUUUCAAGCUCCCAAGCAUUGCCAUAGGUGGAACAGGUAUGAAUGGGCAAGUCUAGUAUAGGACCCCUUGCAGAGGAUAGAAAGUGUUUUCCCAGUUGUUUCUGUUUUCCACUUUCCUCCCUGAGGAGAGCAUGUGGUUCCUGCAGAGAUACCAUGGUGUCUGCACAAAGCCACAUCACUAUAAAGGUCCUGUUCAUUACCAGACUUGCUAUUAGAGGUUUUCAGUUUGGGGUUAUCAGACUCUUUUGUGGCUGUUGAGCAAGACCAGACCUGCCAUGCUCCAUGCAGCCAUGACCAGGUUAGGCUGGUGAGUUGCUUUGUCCAUCUCUUCAGUAUUUUGAGUUCUGCUGAUGGGCAUGCUUGCUGAGAACAGGCACUCCAAAGGCACUGACCUGUCUGCCCUGCCCUGCCCUGUCCAGGCAGGCUUGUGCAAAAGGAAUCCAUAAAGGUAGUACUCACUGAUGAGUAGUUGUGGCCCAAGUAUUAAGGAUGCGGGAAUAGCCUCCAAGUUGCUCCCAGCAUCAGGAAUAGGCUUGGUGGAAGCAGCACCACAGAUUGCUGGGACCAGAUCAGAAUCCUGGACUAGAUGGGAGGGUAAAACCCUGUUCUAAGAAGGAGCAAGUGUUUCCCUUCCUCAGGGACAGGCUGCUGUGAUGCCUGAGAUCCUUCUACUACUGGACAGGACGUUCAGCCACACCUAAGGCCCUCAGACUUCAAGAGUUUCUGCAUCACCUUCCAGAUGGUGAUGGCUUUUGUGCCACUUGCCAAAGGCCUUCUUCAGGCAGCAGGUUUACCUCUUUGGUUUUGUGCAAUUGUUGUGUGCUGUUCCACUGCUGUCUGAAGACUCAAGUGUGGUUUUUCCCUCUUGUUUCACAUGAUUAAUUGUAACCUUUUAUUUUUAACUUGACUCAUGCAACCCAGUGCAUGUUAAAGAAAUAGUGCAGUGCACCGUUAUUAAAUAAUCUUUUUUUCACUUUUUUGUUUGUUUUCAAAAGGGGGGUAUUUUCUGUAUCCCACUCUAGCAUGCACCUACAAUAAUCCCCAUUUUUGUCAUGUAUGGGAGUAGGUUGUCUACUGAAUGCACCUUCAGCCCUCUGGCCUAUGUCUGUAUUGCUUUGGAGAGACAAAUAGCCUCAAAUAGCUGGAAAACACUAUCCCCCUGAUUCUUUGUGCAGAUGUAUAGAGCAGUCCAAGAAGGAAGAGUAUUUUUGCAUCAACUUUUCAUCUGACUUAGCAAUAAAGAUUUUUACUUUCAUCUAACUCUAUAUUCUUGAUUCCAUUCCUGCCCUGGAGUUUUGUGCAUUAUCUCAGUUAAACAUAGCUGUGCCCAGGAGUACCUGUACUGUAGGUUCUUCGUGGAGCUCUCUGUGUGACUUCACUUGUCAGUUUUCCAUACCAAAGCAGAACACAGUGAGGGUGGAAUCCACAUUACUAGUUAUUAGGCGUUUUUCCGUGUCCUGCCACGGGAUUCUUACCCUGUGAACUUGUUCCAAACAUUACCCUACAGCUCUCUAGAAGUAGCUGCAGCAAGCAGGAAAUACAAAUUCAUUAGAAGAAAUAGGAUCACAGUGCACCAUCCACACAAAUUCCUCUGCUGAAACACUCAAUGCGUUUAGCUACUGGAAAGGAGGAGAAAGCAAACAAACCCCAGAGUACCUGGUGUAAUUUAUAUCAAGUUCCAACAAUGUUCCAUGGUCUUGGCAAUUGUGAGGAUUUAGUCACUGGUGCCAAGGAAACUGGAGGUAUAUCCAAGACAAAGCAGCUUCCUGUAUCUUUAGUUUGGUGGUUGGGGGUUUUUUUGUUUUGUUUUUAAUAGUUUAGUUUCGUUUGUGAGACCAGUGGUGGUUCCACCUCUCUAUGGACAGUGCACAUAGUGGGCACUGCUGUAGUGAUGUUGCAUUCUGAGGCAUGAUUUUGUGAACUAGUGCUACUUUUCCCUCUUCAGUUUCCUAUAAAGUUUUUCGUGGGAUUUUUAAAUAAGAAAUUUCACCUUUAAAAAGAAAAAUAACACAAGAGCAGCAUCUCAUUUCUCCAACUUGUACAUAAAAAAUUUAUUUUGAAAACAAUAUACUUCUAUCUUAAACCACCUGUUUGAGCUCUUAAAGCUUUUGUCUGAUUGUCCUAGUUCGAGGUAUCUUUGUAGACUAAACUGUGUUGUAUACAAGUUCUAUAAAAGACC